GGAAGAGCUCUGAUCUCCUAUACAGCCGGGAGGAGGAGGAGGUCAGGCAGUCGGGUGGGCUUUCGGAGGAUGCAGAUCGCCCAGGUUUUACUUCUGGCGGGGAGCUCGAGCCAUGCCCGCAGCCCGGCCCGCCUGCCCGCAGCGCCUGUAGAGCUCCCGCAGGUCCGGGCCACGUAAGAACAAGCCAAGCUGCUGCCCAGUCAUCAGGCUCCUCCUCCGUGUGUGCUGAUGACAGUGGAACCUCCUUAAGUUGUGUCUCGCCACAGCUGUCUGUGAGCACUGAGCCGGCUGGCGCCAUCCUGCUCCUUUCAGAAAGAAUGCCUUCCCUGUAAAAAAAAUAGAGAGAGAGAGAGAGAGAGAGAGGGAGGCACAAUCUGAUCUGAUCAAGCAGUUUCAACUUCACCUCUCCUGGGUCACACACUCUUUCUCCAUCCAGGUGAUCAAAGACCGGCCCCGUCUGCACACGGAAGACACCGGGGGCACCGCGCUCCUCGGGCAUUUUUUUUUUUGCCGUUGUUGUCGUCCCUUUUUCUUUCGUUGUUUUCUCGCUCCCUCCUUUUUUUUUAUUUUUUUUUUUCUUCUUCUAUUUUUUGGAACCGGUUCUUCUUUGGCAGCCUCGUUUUAUUUUUAAUUUAUUUUUUAGUUUUUGUGUUGCUUUAUUUCCAAGCCGCCACCUCUGUGUGUCCCUGUCACCCCCCUUGCCCUCCCCCCCCCCACGCACCCUCCCGCUGCCAGCCCGUGGGGAGGAGGAGGAGGAGGAGGAGGAGGAAGAAGACACCCGCACCCGCCCGAAGAGCGAGCGCGGAAGAUGGAGGUGUCCGCGGAUCAGCCGCGGUGGGUCAGCCACCACCACCCGGCCGUGCUCAACGGGCAGCACCCGGACUCCCACCACCCCGGGCUGGGCCACUCCUACAUGGACCCCACGCAGUACCCUCUGGCCGAGGAGGUGGAUGUACUUUUUAACAUCGAUGGACAAGGCAACCCCGUGCCCCCCUACUACGGCAACUCGGUGCGAGCCACCGUGCAGCGGUACCCGGCUGCCCAUCACGCAGGGAGCCAGGUGUGCCGCCCGCCGCUGCUGCACGGCUCGCUGCCCUGGCUGGACGGCAGCAAGGCCCUGGGCAGCCACCACGGCGCGUCGCCCUGGAACCUGAGCCCCUUCUCCAAGACGUCCAUCCACCACGGCUCCCCGGGGCCGCUGUCCGUCUACCCGCCCGCCUCCUCGGCCGCGCUGUCGGCCGGCCACUCCAGCCCGCACCUCUUCACCUUCCCGCCCACGCCGCCCAAGGACGUGUCCCCGGACCCGGCCAUCUCCACGCCCGGCUCCACGGGCUCGGCGCGGCAGGACGAGAAGGACUGCGUCAAGUACCAGGUGGCGCUGCCCGACGGCAUGAAGCUGGAGUCGUCGCACUCGCGGGGCAGCAUGGCCUCGCUGGGGGGCGCCCCGGCCGCGCACCACCCCAUCUCGUCCUACCCGCCCUACGUGCCCGAGUACGGCUCCGGACUCUUCCCGCCCAGCAGCCUGCUCGGGGGGUCGCCCACCGGCUUCGGCUGCAAGGCCCGGCCCAAGGCUCGCUCCAGCACAGAAGGCAGGGAGUGCGUAAACUGCGGGGCUACCUCAACCCCCCUGUGGCGGAGAGACGGCACCGGGCACUAUCUGUGCAAUGCCUGCGGGCUCUACCAUAAAAUGAAUGGGCAGAACCGGCCCCUGAUCAAGCCCAAGAGAAGGCUGUCUGCAGCGAGAAGAGCAGGCACAUCCUGUGCAAACUGUCAGACCACCACUACUACUCUGUGGAGGAGAAACGCCAACGGCGACCCCGUCUGCAAUGCCUGUGGGCUCUACUACAAGCUGCACAAUAUUAACAGACCCCUGACUAUGAAGAAGGAAGGAAUUCAGACCCGAAACCGAAAAAUGUCUAGCAAAUCCAAAAAGUGCAAAAAGGUCCACGACAACCUUGAAGACUUCCCCAAGAGCAGCUCCUUCAAUCCCGCCGCCCUCUCGAGACACAUGUCUUCCAUCAGCCACAUUUCACCCUUCAGUCACUCUAGCCACAUGCUGACAACACCGACACCGAUGCAUCCGCCAUCCAGCCUCUCUUUCGGACCUCACCAUCCUUCCAGUAUGGUCACUGCCAUGGGUUAGAGAGACACUUCCCUGCUAAAUGCUUAAGGUCUCAAAAUGAGAUUUACUUUAUAUACUUGCAUUUUUGCAGGCACGCGGUUUAUCGAUUCGGAAGCCCCCCCCCGCCCCCCUCCCCCGCAAAAAAACAAAACGGAAGAGAAAAAAAAGGGUGAUUUGAAGGCGUAAAAGCAAAAAAAGAAAAACAAAAAACCCCACAAAAACAAACAAAAAAAGAAAAUAAAAAAGGUGAUGCUUGCCACUUUUUAAAGGAGCUCACUAUGGUGUCUAUGUAUUCUUAACCACUGAAUCUGGAUCCCAUUUGUGAAUAAGCCAUUCAGACUCACAUUCCCUACUGAACAGGGUUUCUAGUGCUGUGAAAAAAAUGCUGAACAUUGCAUAUAACUUAUAUUGUAAGAAAUACUGUACAUUUGAGGAAGACUUUAUUGCAUCUGGGUAGCUGUAAAGAAGGGCAUGAAGGACUCCAAGAGACAAAACAUGUUAAAAAGAGGACGGGGAGGACAUUUUAAGGUAACGGACUAAGAAGAAUUGGGUCUAAUGAGCAAAUGGACAAAAACCGCUAGCCUCGUCUUCUGUCGAUGGCUGGCUCCAAACGUUGGAUGCAUUAACUAACUAACUAACUAAAUAAAACUGUAGGCAGAUCAUUCAUUCAAAGCAGCUGGCCUUUUUACGUAGGAAGUACUAAUGGUUUUCAGGGCAAUCAGUGUUAACAUACGGAUAUGUCAAAGAAGGUUUUCAGAUAGCCAUUUUCCAGGCCUAUAUGCAUUGUGAACACGUUCCUGUAAUUGUUGUUUGUAUGUAUAAUUCAAAGCACCAAAAUAAGAAAGAUGUAGAUUUAUUUCAUCCUAUUAUACAGACUGAAUGGUUGUACAAAUUUACUUACUGCUAGUGAUAAGACCUGCUUUUUUUUUUUGUUUUGUUUUCAUAUUUUUUCCUCCUUUUUUUGAGAAUAAACUAGAUUAAAUUCUGUUGA